UUCACAAUCAUCAUUUGAAAAGGCCAGGUGAUGCAAAUUUGAAAGCUUUAUACAGUACAUACUCUGACUCCUCAAAUCUUGUCCCAACAAUCAGCAGCCAUGGCUCCUCUAAGCAGCUGCCUAGCACUCUGAAAAUUAAAAUAAUUGCUGCCCACAAAGCAGGGGAAGGCUAUAAGAAUAUAGCAAAGCGUUUUCAGGUAGCCGUUUCCUCAGUUCGUAAUUUAAUUUAAAAAAGGCAGUUAACAGGAACGCCGGAGUUCAAGUUGAGGUCUGGAAGACCAAGGAUAGGAUUGCUAGAAAGGCCAAUCAAAACCCCCUUUUGACUGCAAAAGACCUUAGGGAAGAUUUAGCAAACUCUGAUGCACUAGUGGUGCACUGUUCUGCUGUGCAGCAACACUUGCACAAAUUUGACCUACAUGGAAGAGUCAGGAGAAGAAAAUAUUUCAUGCAUCCUCACCACAAAAUUCAGCGUCAGAAGUUUGCAAAUGAACAUCUAAAUAAGCCUGAUGCAUGUUAGAAACAAGUCCUGUGGACUGAUGAAUGUAUGUUUGGAGAAAAAAGGUUGCAGAAUUUAAUGAAAAGAACACCUUUCCAACUGUUAAGCACGGGGGUGGAUCGAUCAUGCUUUGGGCUUGUGUUGAUGCCAGUGGCACAGGGGAACAUUUCUCUGGUAGAGGAAAGAAUGGAUUCAAUUAAAUACCAGCCAAUUCUGGAAGCAAACAUCACACCAUCUGUAAAAAAGCUGAAGAUGAAAAGAGGAUUGCUUCUACAACAGGAUAAUGAUCCUAAACACACCUCAAAAUCCACAAUGGACUACCUCAUGAGGUGCAAGCUGAAGGUUUUGCCAUGACCCUUACAGUCCCCUGACCUAAACAUCAUCGAAAAUCUGUGGAUAGACCUCAAAAGAGUAGUGCAUGCAAGAAGGCCCAAGAAUCUUACAUAAUUAGAAGCCUUUUGCCAGGAAGAAUAGGGGGAAAUCCCCCAAACAAGAAUUGAAAGACAUUACGAUUUUGCCAAGGAUGCCUAAGUCAAUCGAUUCGAGUUAGAGCUCAUUGUCCACACUGCAGGGGCCAAGUAAACAGUCCUGGUUUAGCUUUUAAUCCAGUGCGUCCUUUUGAAAGGCGGAGGCCUCGGCGCCAGAUCCUGUAUGGAGAUUCUUUAGCAUUCAAUGCAGGAAGACCUGUUGGCACAAACAUACGAGGUCUCAUUGACAUGCUUCGGGAAGCAGAGUCAGGCAUCGCCCCUCCUGGCAGUCUGCCUAAUCAGAAUGCCCCGGCUCCUGCCUCACAAAUUGAAGCUCCUCCCAUUUUAAAUUUCUCCACACGACCUGUUCCUUUGCCCCGGACCCGAACUCAACCUGCGGGUGCAACUCCUGUCACACAUCCAGCAACCAUUCACCCUGCCCCAAGUGGUCUUAUCCAGGCUGCCGCAGCAUUAACACCUGGCCAAGCAUUAACACCUGGCCCAGCAUUAACACCUGCCCCAGCUAUAGCACUUGCCCCAGUAUUAACACCUGGCCCAUUACAAGAUCAUUUGGAGGCUGACCUUAACGAAUGGCCAUGGCAAACUGAGAUCACUCAAAUGGAAUGGAGGCAACAGCAGCAAUAUCAGGGCCACACUGUGAGGACAUUUGUGUGUCCCUACUGUCAGGAAGAUGGAAUGGAUGAACUACAUCUACGAGAUCACUGCAAUGCCCAACAUGCCAAUGACAUCAAACGUGUGGUUUGCCCUGUGUGUGUGGUGAUGCCCCAUGGCGAUCCACAGUAUUAUAGCCGCAACUUCAUUGGCCAUCUCAAUCUGCGCCACUGCUACUACUCUGAGGAUGUGACCAACAUUCACCAGACUGAUGAGAUGAAUGUUCAGUGUGCCCUUCUGGCAUCAUAUGAAAAGCACACUUAGACCUGCAGCUAAAAAGCUGCUUGUGAUCAAGACUUUUGCAUGACUCUCAACCACAAGAAAGCAGUCAGAAAAAUAUGACAUUGACUAAUAUAACUAAUGUAAUAAAUGAUUUAAACAUACACAUUUUCUGGAGAAGUCUGAUUGAAAUUGGUAAUUGUCUGAUUAACUGGUUGUCUGAAACGGGUCUUUUCAUACAUAUGUUAGCUGACACAUCUCAAGUUUCGAACAUGCAAUGACUUAUCUGACUCAAGUAAUAAGUUAUGUAAUCAUUUUACUCUGAUUCAUUUUGCACAAUUUAGCUCAUGCACUUUCUCAGCAGAUGCAGCCUCUGGCAUCUAUUUAAGCAGUUUUUGAAAUCAACACUGCCAUAUUUUAUUUGUCUGAAUAUUUUAAUGUUGUGAGAUAGGAAGUAUGCUUUUUAAAACUGCCACACUUUUUUCCUCUUGUCCAAAAAAUUAAUGCAAUAUUUUUUGAUGUACAAGAUUUUUUGAAGACUGUAUUUUAAAAAAUGUUCCCUGUAUAGAAAACAGUAUAAAU